AUGGUUUCAAAAAUCACGCGAGUUGCUACUGCAGCAGCAAGAAGAGCGGCUGCACGCAUGCGUGCGGCCGCGGAAUGUGCCUCUCACGCCUCAGCAGAAGGUGAUUCGUCGCCUGUUGUCGUGAAUCCUACACGUGGUGAGUCACCACGUACGUCAGGUACGUUCGUUGCGUCUGCAGUGGGUACCUCGGGUCGUAACCAAGACGAUUCUGAGAUAGAGCUCAUUGUUUUGGCGAGUCCGGAUGAUGCAUCCGACUCUAAGGCGACUCCUCACGCCUCCGGAAUCACCGGGGCAAACUCUGCAAGAGCCAAGUUGACUGGCUCUGGUCAGCGCGGCAGUAUCAUGACCGAGAUCUUCGGACCGAGCGAUUGUUCCGACGAAUUCUCGCCUCACGCAAGCCCAUCCAACGAUAGGACGCGUGGUGAUGGUGAUGGUAUCCCUGUGCAUCGCCACUAG